CUCCUUAUCCAGACAUUACGGUAGAAGGCACGUCCUCUUGAAUUGGACGCAGCUGAACAGGAAGAGUGCAGCAGAGUGUUGUACGGUUGUACUGUCUCAGUAUGAGGUCUGCCUGGUUGGCACCUCUUCUUCUGUCCCUGCUCCUGACAGCAGGGGGUUGUGUCGCAGGGGAGGAGGCGAGCAACAAGCCCAACUUUGUGCUGAUGAUGGUGGAUGACCUCGGUAUUGGGGAUGUCGGUUGCUAUGGUAACGACACCAUCAGGACUCCCAACAUAGACAGACUAGCCUCUGAGGGGGUGAAGCUGACCCAGCACAUUGCGGCUGCACCCCUCUGCACCCCGAGCCGGAGCGCCUUUAUUACGGGCCGUUAUGCACUCCGCUCAGGGAUGGGCAGCACGGGGCGUGUCCAGGUGGUGCUGUUCCUUGCGGGUUCGGGCGGGCUGCCACCCAGCGAGACCACCUUCGCUAAGAGGCUGCAGCAACAAGGAUACACCACUGGCCUAGUGGGUAAAUGGCACUUGGGUGUGAACUGUGAAUACAGAGGGGAUCACUGUCAUCAUCCGAACCAGCAUGGUUUCAGCUACUUCUACGGCCUCCCAUUCACCUUGUUCAAUGAUUGUGUGCCUGGAGAGGGCCGUGAUGUGCUGGCAGAUCUCCAGGAGACACUCGAACAGCUUACCAUGGUGCUUGGAGUUGGCCUUGUCACACUGGUGUGUGUCCGUCUGUGUGGCCUUUUUGAAGUGAGCCUGUGGCUCCUGGUACCACUUUUCUUUCUUUGUAUCCUAGCAACUGCUGUGUGGUAUGUGCCCUUUAUUCUUCUGCCAACCUGGAACUGCAUCAUCAUGAGGAACCAAGAAGUGAUCGAACAGCCAAUGACUGUGGAGACGCUGCCCCAGAGACUGCUGGGAGAAGCACAAAAUUUUAUAAAGAGGAAUGCUGAUCAUCCAUUCCUCCUCUUUUUCUCAUUGGCCCACAUCCACACACCAAUGUUCAAAACUCCAGCCUUUGCCGGCAAAAGUCGUCAUGGUCGUUACGGUGACAAUCUCGAAGAAGUGGAUUGGAUCAUUGGUAAAAUAACAGAGACAGUCGAUUCCCUCGGCCUCGCCAGCAAUACUCUCAUGUACUUUGCAUCCGACCACGGUGGACACCUGGAGGAUUCUGAUUUGCAAACUGGCCAGAAAGGAGGCUGGAAUGGCAUCUAUAAAGGUGGGAAGGCUAUGGGGGGCUGGGAAGGGGGCAUCAGGGUACCUGGUAUUUUCCGCUGGCCUGGCAGACUAGCAGCAGGAAAAGUGGUGGAUGAACCUACGAGCCUCAUGGAUCUGUACCCAACACUGAAAUAUUUAGCCAAGGACACACAACCAGACAGACAACUGGAUGGCUACAAUCUAAUGCCACUGUUGGAGGGGAAAGCUGCACGAUCAGAGCAUGAAUUCAUGUUUCAUUACUGUGGCAUCUACCUGAACGCAGUACGCUGGCAUCCACCAGGCAGUGACUCUAUUUUCAAGGUGCACUUUUUCACUCCCAACUUUUCCCCCCCGGGAGCUGUUGGAUGCUAUGACACUAAGGUUUGUCUUUGUCAUGGAGAACACGUGACGCACCACACCCCACCUCUGGUGUACGACCUCUUUCAUGAUCCAUCAGAGUCUCGCCCAUUGACCCCUGAUACGGAGCCGCGAUUCGCCGAAAUACUUGAGCAGACUGCCAAAGCUGUAGAGAGACAUAAAAGCACCCUCACAAAUGAACAGGCAUCUGAUGACGCUCAUUCACACUCCAGCACAGCUGCUCAGGGCGUUGAAAGCCAGAUGACUUGGAGCAAGAUUCUGUGGAGACCCUGGCUUCAGCCCUGCUGUGGGACGUUUCCAUUCUGUGGGUGCAAAGAGGACACAGCACAAUUAUAGACAAAAAAAAUCCUCCAGUAAAAAGAGCUUUUUAUACAACAGUAUUCCUGUCUAAGUUAAAUUACAAUGCCUGUCCAAAAAAAAGUGGCUACCUGGAAUUAUCACUACAUUAUUACUGCUGAGUCAAACAGCAAAAGGUUCAACAUCUGCUUUCUGCUGCCUCUACAUUCUGUUGUUUACAUUUAUCAUUGAAAAAGUGUCUCUUGGUGCUCUUGUUUUGUACUGGAAAAACAUCCUGCCGUGCUUGUCAUACAUGGUGCAAUAAUAAAGUAAUUUAAGCAAAAA